AGAAUAAUUAAAAGAAUAAUUAAAAGAAUAGUUGGAAGAAAUAGCUAGAAAUAAACUGAUUAUAAGUGAGAUAAGAGCAAAGAAAUAUAGACUAUAGGUUGAUAAGGUAUUAUUUAUUUGGGUGACUAGUUGAGUAGAGGCUAAUACUACCUGUUAAUAAUUUUAUAUACUUAUACACUACAAUUGGAGUAGAGGUAUAUAAUACCAGCUCCUAAUUAUUAUAAAAGACUUCUCCAUUAAUAUGCUAUCUUCAUGGACAUCCGAUGCAAAGGCUAUACUUGAGAACUCUCAAAAGAUAUCCCUUCAAGCAGAAGAAAAAUUACAAAAAACGUCAUAUCAACUAAACCAGCGUCUUCCCAGACGCUUACAUUAUUCAUCUACAAUUUUCACUUCACUUAAAGAUCAUCAUCGUCGUUGUACUGCCUUGAUAUCUCUGCUUGAAUCGUUACCAAGUCUUGCCACUUCCAAGAUCGAUACCUCCCUGUUAACUACACUCCUUCAAGUCAUCUCUCAACUUCAGGCAACCAGAGUCCCUGAAUUUGUCUUGUCUCAUCAUUCAAAUACUCCAGCACAAUUUCCAAAACAUUCCCGAUCAACCCUUGCUGAUUUCAUCUCCUCGGACUCAAUUGACCUUCUUAAAUUAAACAUUGAGCGAUAUGAAUCAAAUUAUAAGAAAAUAUCCAAUUUGGUAUCGUCUGAAUACAUCUCGUCAAUAAAAAGUUCAUUCAGUGCAACCGUCAAGACUCAUGCCAAAAUUCUCAAACUUUACAACGAGACAAUGUAUGACUCCCCCAAGGUUAAACAUUCACAAAUCCUCAAGGAAAAUACCGCUCUAGAGGCAGAAUUGGCUCUGAUCUUGCACCUGUUGACAAAUCAUUAUGAUCAAUGUACGCUUGCCCUUUCAUUACAAAAAUCAUCAACGUCUUCCACGCUCAACCUUGACAUUCUAGAAAGAGAUGCACUUGAGCUCCCUGAAGUGGCAAAGGAAGUCCAAUCGAUCUAUGAUAUCAUUGUAAAUAAUGAUAUUAGAGCCACGGAACUUUCUAAUAAGAGACUUGUGGAGUUACAACAUCUUGAUGAAUCCAUUGAACAACAAAUGGAAUUUUAUAAACUGUUCAAAGAUACAAAUAUCACCAAGUAUGUGACGUUACACAUGGCAGCAGAGGAGAUGCUCCAAUCACAAGCGGCACUCAUCGGUCCACAAGUGGAAACAAUUGAACUGUUGAUUUAUCAUUACAAGCAAUUUCUUUCCAUUUAUAAAAAAAAUUACUUUCUGGAACUUCAUUAUGAAGAGUAUGUUUAUCCACGAAUGUUUCUUUCGAAACUUACAAAGUUUUUAGAUGAAGAAUUAGCUCAAGUACAAAAGCAAGAACGUGAAAGAAGAAAAAUUUGGUUAGAAAAAUAUGGAGAUUUUAUUCCUAAAGAGUUCCGACUUCCGGGAGAAGCAGAGUACCCUACUGUAGUGCAGGUCAUUACAGAGGGGCUAGAUGCUGCUAGAGAUGAGCCUGAUGUUGAACGCAAGCUCUUAGAUUUAAUUUCUUCACUGUAA